AUGGCCAAGUACACAAAAGUUGAAGCGAUAGAAUUAGUGAGCCAAAACAUUCGAUCGUCUACGGAAGAAGAAAUUCUCAAACGGAUCCAGAACUUGCAGAAAACGGUUGUCAGUCAAGUACACACGCAUGUUGAGGACAUUUUUCGACUCACUGACAAGGAUAUUCUUGAUGAAAAGUUGCUUUUUGUGAUUGCCGAGAAGGGUUAUACGAGAGUGCCGAUCUUUGAGACGAACAAUUUGAUGAGAUAUAUCCUCAAUACAAGAGAUUUGCUAACAGUACCAUUGAGCCCAACGCUGACAAUUGGGAAAUAUCUAAGUGGAUUCGACCAGAAACCAGAGAUCCGAGUCGUUUUGGCGGACACACCGGUGAUUGUCGUGUUGAUCGAAAUGUUAAGGACACAGAAUCACAUGUAUACUGUUGUUAGAUGCGAUGGACCGUCACAAUUGCUUGGCUACGAUGGUUCGGACAGUGUGUGGUCAAAGAAUCGACGCGCUAAACCACACGAGGAUCAAUCGGUGCUCGCUUGGCUGAAAGAACCGAUUGGACCUGGCGAGAUUCCACAGCCAGCAAAGCUGAACCUGAUACAGAUGCUUUUUUCUGCUCAUCCAAAACUUAAAGAAAAGGGAUUCGAUUUGCGUAUGGCUCAUCAGGCGAUGAACUCUAGUGUACUCUACCAGACAAAAAGGGAUACAAUUGUAUGUCGAAAAGGGGAAAUCAUCAAAAGGAUUUUUGUGAUUUACGUUGGCGGUCUGAUUGUUGACAAAAACAACUAUAUCGCUCCGAUCAUUCAUGGCAUUGAAUUACUGAAGGAGUUGUGUGAAACCGAAAUAUAUCGAAAUCGGGAAAUCUUGGCCGUUUCACAAAAUACUCUCCUUCUCCAAAAGGGGACGGUCUUCUAUUGGCUUUCUCCCACGGAUCUACUUAACCAGCUGAUCUUCUCGAAAAAGAAAAAGAUUGCAAAAGAGUUUUUCAUUGGAAUCAACAGUCAAAUCAAGGUAGAAUCAUUGUCUCAAACGAAGGACUUUGUACCAGCAGAAUUUGAGUCGCUGACCAACAAGCAACACCCAACCCAAACCGAAAUUCUAUGGAAAGAAUGCGAGACGAAGGAGAAAACGUUCAAACAUUUCUGCAAGCAACUUCCCGAUGAGACGAGAGAAUGGACGAUUAAUGAGGAAAGAGCCGACGACACACAAUUCGACACGGAAAUGGACUCGGAGCGAAUCCAGCGAUCGAAUAAAACUUCUAAAGGAGUGAGUCGCGCGGCCGUCAGCCAGAGUGGGACCGCCGUUUUGCCAAUCGACUGUUCGUCACUUCUAUCACCAACUUGCCAUUCUCCGCCAAAGACGCAGGAAUCUUUUACGCAGCUCGGAGAAACCCAAUCACGAGAAGCAACUCCACAGCCUAAACAAGAAUCAAGGGUAACACGUGGAGACUCU